CCCCCUCCUCCCCAUCUUCUCUUCUCUCCCCUUCCUCCUCCGCAGAAUCGCAUGCACGAGUCUCUGAUGCUGUUCGACUCCAUCUGCAACAACAAGUUCUUCAUCGACACCUCCAUCAUCCUCUUCCUCAACAAGAAGGAUCUGUUCGCGGAGAAGAUCAAGAAGUCCGCGCUCAGCAUCUGUUUCCCCGAGUACACAGGACCCAACACCUACGAUGACGCGGCAGCUUACAUCCAAGCACAGUUCGAGAGUAAGAACCGCUCUCCAAAUAAGGAAAUCUACUGUCACAUGACCUGCGCCACGGAUACAGGAAACAUCCAGGUGGUGUUCGACGCCGUGACCGACAUCAUCAUCGCCAACAACCUCCGAGGGUGCGGCUUGUACUGA